UUUUGUAAUUUGUUCCAAAACAGUAUGCAAAGACUUCAUACAAUGGCUAACAUUGAUACAGUUUUAAUACGUCAGCUCGUCAUCCUGGUACUGAUCUUAUUUUCAUGCAUCAAUAUCAUCUCUAAAGGAGUUCAAGCUAAGGAGGAUGAUCAUAAAGUUACAAACAUUGGUGCCGUAAUCGAUGUUACGUCCCGUAUCGGGAAGGAAGAGAUAACCGCCAUGGAAAUCGCCGUUCAAAGCUUCAACAAUAAGUUGAACAAUCAUGGGCUAUCCCUCUAUGUUCAGAGCCAUGGAAAGGACCCCAUGCUAGCUGCUGCUGCUGCCGAAAAGCUGAUUAAAGAGACCAACGUGACUGUCAUUAUCGGCUUGGAAACAUGGGAAUUAGCGGCUCCGGUUGCUGAAAUCGGUACACGAGCUCGAGUUCCAGUUCUCUCGUUUACAGCACCUUCUAUAACGUUGCCAUUGUCGGCUCUCCGUUGGCCUUUCUUGGCACAAAUGGCUAACAAUGACUCUGAACAAAUGACAUGCAUUGCAGCUAUCAUUCGUUCAUAUGGAUGGAAAAAGGUCAUCGCCAUUUAUGAAGAUGAAACAUAUGGUGGUGAUUCUGGGAAAUUAGCUGUUCUAAUCGAAGCUUUACAAGAUAUUGGUUCCGAAAUCGAACAUACCUUGGUUCUUCCACCAAUUUCAUCUCUGUCUAAUACCAAAGAAGUUAUGCAGGAGGAGCUAAUGAAGCUUCUUAGCCUUGAAUCUCGGGUUUUUGUUGUGCUUAAAGCAUCAUCAGUUAUGACCAUUCAUUUGUUUGAAGAAGCUAAGAACAUGGGGUUUAUGGGAAGAGAUUCAGCUUGGAUAAUCACAGAUAAAAUCACAACUUACCUUGACUCUUUCAACACCUCCAUAAUUUCAUCCAUGGCAGGUGUUUUAGGAAUCAAAACCUAUUAUACCGAGAAUAGUAGCGAGUACGAAAGCUUUUAUGGGCAGUUCAAGCAAGUUUUCCGAAAAAAGUAUGAGGACGAAGACAACUUUGAACCCGGAAUUUAUGCUUUAAAAGCAUACGAUGCAAUCCAAAUCAUCACCGAGGCUAUGGAAGGAAUGAUCAACACUAAUAUCAGUUCAAAACAAUUGUCUGAAAAAAUCCUGUCAAGCAAUUUCACUGGUUUAAGUGGAGAAAUCCAAUUUGAAAGGGGCAUGUUGUCACAGAAUCCUACAUUGAGAAUAGUAAACGUGGUUGGCAAGAAAUAUAAAGAACUUGACUUUUGGUUGCCAAGCUUUGGAUUCUCAAGGAGGCUUGUUAAUGAAGAAACUGAACAUGAUGGUAAUACAGCUCAAGGAUUGUAUGGUCAAGUCACUUGGCCUGAUGACUUGAACCAAGUCCGAAACCCGAAAGGAUGGGCGAUGCCUACGAAUGCAAGGCCAUUGAUUAUCGGAGUUCCUGGUAGAACCUCUUUUGAGAAAUUUGUGAAAGUUAAAAAUGAAAGUAAUCAAAAUGAGGAACCUGAAGGUUACUGCAUUGAUCUUUUCAAAAUGGCACGAGAGGUUCUCGGUUAUGACCUGCCUUACAAAUUUGUACCGCAUUUCAGCACUUACGAUGAUUUGGUCCGUUGCGUGCAUAACAAGACUUUCGAUGCUGUUGUUGGGGAUAUAACGAUACUAGCCAACAGAGCAGAACUUGUGGAGUUUACUCAGCCAUAUGCAGAAUCGGGGUUGUCCAUGAUCGUACCAGCGAAAUCCGAAGAAUCAGCAUGGAUGUUCAUGAAGCCUUUUACAUGGGAGAUGUGGAUGGCUACUGCUGCCAUGUUGAUCUACACAAUGUUCAUAGUUUGGUUCCUGGAACAUCGGUCCAAUCCUGAAUUUGAAGGCACAUGGAAGACUCAAAUCGGAACCGCGAUGUGGUUCACUUGCUCUUCUCUCUUCUUCGCGCAUAGGGAGAAUGUACAAAACAACUUCACCAGAGUUGUGGUUAUUGUUUGGCUCUUUGUUUCACUCAUCCUAACCUCGAGUUACACGGCUAGUCUUUCCUCGAUGUUGACGGUUAAUAAACUGAAACUGAAUGUGACAGACAUCGAAUUUCUGAAGAGGAACAACUUGAAAGUCGGUUGCGACGGAGAUUCGUUCGUAAGAAACUAUCUAGUCGAUGUGCUUCAGUUUAAAUCGGAGAACAUCAAGACAAUCAACAGCCAAGACAGUUAUAUAGGAGAAUUCGAAAAGAAGCACAUCGCUGCUGCAUUUCUCGAACUUCCAUACGAAAAGGUCUUCAUCAACAAUUACUGUAAGAAAUUUUCAGCCACCACACCAACCUACAGAUUUGGAGGAUUGGGAUUUAUAUUCCAUAAAGGCUCUCCGAUCGCCAUGGACUUCUCAAAAGCUAUCCUAACUCUAUCGGAAAACGGAGCGCUGAAAGAACUUGAAGAGAAGUGGUUUGCACCCUCACCCGAGUGUUCAACCGGUGUGACCGACAAUCGAACCGAAAGACUGAGGCUUCAUAGCUUCUGGGGUCUCUAUAUAAUCUCUGGUGCAACAUCUACCAUUUGUUUCUUCUUAUUCAUCAUCAAGAUAAUAAAAGACCAAUAUAGAAGCAAUACUAGUCCAAGAAAUAAUAGUAUCUGGAGUAAGGCAAUUAGGCUUGCUAGAUUUAUCUACCAAGGACAACAAAUUAAUUUUGCUAUAGACCAAACUCGGCCUCAACUGCCGGAAAUUAUCGGACGAGGAUCUUCGAGAUGGAAAUAUUCGAGUCCCGAUGCAGCCGAGAAUCAUGAGGCCGCUUCCCCCGGAGCUGCUGAUGUUGAAAUGCUGUACAUUCCAGGAGGUUAAAUGACCAAAGAAGGGCAAUGAAGGCUCUUGCAACUGUAUACUGUUACCUGUGACAUAAUUUCAUUUGUUUUAUUCUUCUAAUAUAAAUCAAUAAGUU